AGUUCGCCUCUGCAGCACUGCAAGGACAGAGUGAACAUCUCCGGGACGGAAACGGACCAAAGCUCUCAACAAUCACAUUCUCUUCACCAUGACAGCCAUGCCAAUCACUGCACUGGACUGACAGCUGUCAAUCACAUGACAGGAGAAGAUUAUCAGGAUCACCUGCUACAGGAGAGAUUACAAGCUACUAUAAGGGACUUAAGCGGAGUAAUUCCAACUUGGUUGGUUGGUUAGAAGUUGCUAUCCAGAGGGAAAUUGGCCAUUUUUGAUCUCUUAACUGAACGUCUGCAUGUGUUCAUGAGUGUGUGCUUUAGGGGGCGUGUGUACGAGGUUUUCUUGCUGUGUAUCAGGGUCACAGUCUUACUGGCUGUCACCCGUCAGUGUAGUGCCACAAUAAGCUUCAGUAGAGCCUGUUUAAGCGGGUAGCUCUGUUUAUUUUUGCAUUUUAGCCAAGAAAACCAUGAGUGAGGGCAAGAAGGAGUUAGAGAUGAGGGACAAAGCCAUCAUGCACCAGCAGAGGAGACUGAAACAGGCCACCCAGUUCAUGCACAAGGACUCCGCGGAUCUUCUGCCUCUGGAUGGGCUGAAGAGGUUGGGAACUUCCAAAGACCUGCAACCCCACAGCAUCAUUCAGCGCCGUCUCCUGGAGGGCAACAUUCCACGUUUGCGUGGAGAGGCCCGGGACGUCCCAUCUCAUGUUCGUUCACCCCUGGCAGACAGCAAAGAGGGCGGCGAGCCGGAGGAGAGGAGCGAGAGCACGGUGGAUGACUCCACAGAGGAGAAGGAGUCUCCAGAGGAGAGCGAAAAGAGCCUGAGGUCUGAUGAGGACGAGGAUGAAGACAGCAGCGAUGCAGGUGGAAAGAUCGAGUCCAAGCAGAAAAAUGAAAUAGAAGAGAAGACGAAGAAAGUGCUUGAAGAGGAUGAGAGAGCAUCCAUCCUCUCAGCUCUAGUGGUCCAGUGUAAGUGUGGAGAUGCAGAAGUGAUGUUAUCCAUAAACACAGGGUGCCAACACAACCAUAUCUCUAAAACAUGCUGCAGAAGACUUGGACUGAAAACCAACUUAGAAGAGAAACCUCAUGACAAGCUGCCGCUCAGUGAUUCGACAGUGGAGACAGUAAAGUCCCUGCACCUGCAGCUGGGCACAGAAAGAGUGCAAUGCACAGCCCAGGUCAUAGAGGACGCCACAUUUGAGGUGCGUCUGGGUCUACAGACUCUGCUGGAACUCAAAUGCUGUGUGGAUCUGAACUCCAGAGUGCUCCGGCUCCACAGCACAGAGCAGGAGCUUCCCUUCCUGGAUCCACCUGCUAGCAGCCUGUGCCAUCACCAUGACAACAACAAAAACAUGUGACCUCGGACCUACGUGCCCAACAGCCACCAUGACUGUACCCAUGUAAUCAGAGAGGAAGUCGCCAGAAAGACACCUGCAUCUGGACUGUAGUGUUCCCUUGUGCCAGAUCAACAUAGACAGGCCUCUCCUCUCUCAUCUUUCCUUCUUUAUUCUUUGUUGUUUGUUUCUGUGCUAUUACAGAAAUCUGCCAACUAUGAUUUUAUAUUACUAUUUGCUGUACUGAAGUAGUUUUGAUUAAAUGUAAUAAAGCAGAGGAGGAGGAAGUUUGUGUUC